AUGGGCGGUGGUUGUAGUCAAUGUAGCAUGCCCCACUUCAAGGUGCUAGAUACGCGGGCGACGGAGGCUGAGAAUGAAUUUUUGAACAACAGGCGCGUCUGCUACUUCCUGAAGGUACCGAACCGCAGCUCCACCGUAACUGAAACCGUGCACUCUGUCAAGGACGGCGAAACAAUGGUGCUAUCCCGCGAGGAUCACCCACGUUUGCGCUUGCUUGGCAUUGACUUGCCGGAGAUGAGCAAACGGGCACCGCACGCGCGGGAAUGCUACGACUUCUUGCGGCGGCGUUGCCCAGAAGGGACAAAGGUGACGGUGGAGUACAACGGCUGCUCACGACGUGACAUGAGCGGCCGUCUCGCGUUAGUGUACGUGCCACACCACAGCGGUGACGGCUUUGUGUGCCUCAAUGCCGCUUUGCUUGAGAUGGGCCUCGCAUACCUCUACGCAUCGCGGCAGGCCGGCGCUCAGCACACAGAUGUGUUGAACGCCGCCCUGCUCGACGCACGGCACAAGAAACGCGGCAUAUGGCGGCACGUAAAUGAGAAAAUGCCCGUCGUUGUCAGCCCCACUGGCGAGGUGUUCCACCGCGUAGACAACUCCUGCGUCCACCGUGAUAGACAAGAGAUGACGUUAGGAGAGGCGUUAAACACGAUGCGCUCUCCGUGCCACACAUGCAGACCAUUGUAG